CGGCUAAUCUAUUUGAAAUUCAUGUAUUGCAACACAGUUGUCAAUUAAGCUUAUUAAGAAGCUCGCUAACAGGGAUAACUAGUUUUGUGAUUUGUAAUAUUGCAAAAACAUUUAAGUAAGGAGAUUCUGGAUAUUCAAAAAUUAUGGGAUUGGAAAAAGAACUUUAUGCUACACAACUAGCAUUUUUUUAAAUAAAUAUUUAAGUUUUUAAAUUUCUACAAGAAACUAUACUGAACUGAUCUUAAUUUUUUUUUUUUUUAAAAAAUGAACCAAGUUUGAGCAACGAACAAAGUAAGUUUAAGUAAGUGAUUUCAAAAUUUUUAAAAUUGAAUUUAACUUAAGUACUUUCAAAUUAUGAUAGUUGAGCUUGAAAAUGCAAACGCGAAAUUAUACAAAAACGUUGAGGUGUUUAUGAAAUUAUCUUAGUGAAUUAUUCCCUGAAAAAGAAAUGAUAGCUUUAUCUCUUAUCAAGAAAAGCUUUUUUCGGAGUGUUUAUUCAACGUCCACCACCUGAUAGCUAAGCUUUUAGAAGUUGUGAUUGAACUUUAUCGUAGCCAUCGUCAACGACCGUGGACGACAAAUUGCAAUCGCUGUGGCGAUCAUCAAUGGGCGGAACCGGGUUCAAUGCCGGAACGAAGACGGGUCUGAUGGUGUUUCGGGUCCAGGCCCUGGGUCUCUAACCGUUCCUCCUCUGUAUAUAAAAUAAAAAAAAACUGCAAUCAACGGCUCUUUUCACUGACUCACUCGCAAACUCUCUCUCUCGUCGGUUAUCUCAAAGCAGAGUCAGACUUCCUUCUCAACACAUAAACACCCUCUCGCAGAUCAUCAUUAUCAUCAUCCAAUGUUUGUGAAAGAAGGUACCAUUCAAGCUUGGACAUUGCUUCAGAAUAUUUCAGAUCUGGGGCUGAUAAGAUUUCCAUAGGAAGUGAUGCAGUUUAUGCUGCAGAACAUUAUUUAAGAACUGGAUUAUGCAAUUAUUUCCAUAAUUCAUCUCCUAUUGAGAUCUGUCUGCAUGUGGAUUUAAGUCUUAUAUGUUGCUUCCAAUUGUUUAUGUCUUUUUUAGGUAACAACUGGGAAGAGCAGCCUAGAGCAGAUAUCUAGAGUUUGUGGAAAUCAGGAUUUUAUAAUAUGGGAAUUAGCAAAACAGAAGUGAACUUGAAGAGGUUGCUAGCAGCUGCGCCUAAACAACAAAACCAGGCAAAACUUGUGCAUUAUGUUGCCACUCUACGAGAACUGUUAGAACAACUUGCUGAAGAACGUACACCAGAAGGCUUACCAAGAGUUUCAAAGGCUGUGGUGAGUGAUUAUUCUGAGAAGAUUGAAGUCAUUGCUUCAAAAUUAACUGCCAUGAUGACUGACAUACAAGUACCCAAGGAGUCCUUUGCUGGGAUUUCCGUCAAAUUAAGCUCUUCUAAAAUGGAAGGAGAAAACCAUAUUCCUCCUUCACCAGGACUGAGAAGGAGAGCAGUGCCUGCAUCAAGCAUUGAUGAUAGAACACAUGAAACUAUUGAGGAUGAUUCAUCAGCACCUGUCAAAUUGGAUGCAGCAGCUCACGCACAUAUAGAAAAGCACAGAAAGUUGCAAGAGGACUUGACUGAUGAAAUGGUUGGGUUGGCAAGACAACUCAAAGAGAGUAGCCUGGUGAUGAGCCGUUCUCUGCAGGACACUGAAAAGAUACUGGAUUCUACAGAAGAGGCUGUUGAACAUAGCUUGGCGAGGACUGGUCAUGCAAAUUCACGGGCUACAGAAAUUUACUCGAAGACUUCUAAAACUACAUGUUUCACUUGGCUUGCGAUCUUUAUGAUGACUUGUGUAUUCAUAAUGGUUGUCCUUUUAAUUCGUGUUACUUAACUUUGUGUAUAGCAAUAUUUAUUAGUUUUGGUUUCAUUUCUCAUGAGUAAUUUCUAUUUAGUAGUAUACAAAAGUAAAUUAUUUGUGUUAUAAAUAUUCAUAUGAUACUAAUGUUGGUUUUCUCUAA